AUGGCUGGACAAGACGAAUGUUCUGUUUUCGUCCCAGACUUCUCGUAUUCAAACACGACGGAUGUGAUAGUAGAUCUGAGCGACCGUCUCCCAGUGCUCUGUACCAAUUCAGCACCACUCACACGUUCCAAUGUGACCGCUGAUACUUCUCGUCAAAUUGAGAUCGCAACGAAUUCGGCUGGUAUCUUGGAAGGGUAUCGUGAUAAAUUUAGCUGGCGAUUUUUGGGUAUAAAAUAUGCUGAGCCCACCACAGGAGAAGCAAGGUUCCAACCUCCGACAGCCUUGAGUGUAUCAUCUGAUUCUGUGAGAUCUGCCUUGGCAUAUGGACCAUUAUGUGCUCAGCCUCCAGAUCCGGACAACGGUCAUCUUGUUUAUUCAGGAGAGGACUGUCUUUCUUUGAAUGUGUUUACUCCCGUUGUCAAAUCCGCUUCAAGCAGCAUUGACACUGCUCCUAAGCUGCCCGUUAUGUUCUUCAAAUCACUUAUCCUGUUCUUCACUAAAGUUCACGGUGGUGGUCUUAACACAGGCGACAGCGGUCCAUUUCCCUUCAAUAUGACCACGGACGGUUAUGUUGGAAACUCAAUUUCCAAUAUAUAUGAUGGCACCAACCUCGUCUCAUAUGGUGGCGUCGUCCUCGUCACAGUCAAUUACCGUCUCACCGCAUUUGGUUGGUUUAACGCGUCAAAUGCUGCAUUGAAGGACAAUCUCUUAGCUUUACAAUGGGUGCAAGAUAACAUCGAGGCUUUCGGCGGAGAUAAAACCAAGGUCCUGAUCUAUGGCGAAUCGGCAGGCGGCACGAUGACUAGAUAUCUGCUCGGGACUAAUCCUGCCUACACCGACGGACUCUUCAGUGCUGCAGUCCUGGAAUCCGACUUCAGUACAAGUAAUCCAUAUCUUUCUCCAGAGCUUGGCUUAAAUACAUCUCUUACGCUCGCCAAAUAUCUGGGCUGUGCAUCGAAUUCGUCGACCACGUUUAACGACUCUGUAGCUUCCUGCGUUCAAGCAUUGCCCGCUGCUAACAUUGCUAUGGCAUCAUACAACCUUGGGCUCACCUGGAAUAUCGUGGUCGAUGGCGAUUAUGUGCUCACCGACAUCGAAGAUAGCAUCAAAGACGGGAUGUACGGGCGUGUUCCGACUAUCUGGUCCAGCAACCAGUGUGAAUAUUGCUACUUCUUACCGACGACUGUAUUGCCCAAUUCCUCGACGUCCAUUUUCCCAGAAACAAUCUCACAGUACUUCAAUACUUCUUCGGCUCAAAAAAUUCUUGAUGAGCAAACUCUCUACCCAUACCAAACUGCACCUGCCGAGGACGGGAUCACCGGUGCUGUCCUUACGCUAGGCCAGCUUCUUACUGAUUGGGAAGUCCAUUGCCCAAUGGGCUAUCUCUCCCAGCUCGAAACGAAUACCACAAAUGCAGGUAAUUCAUACAAAGUUUUAUUUGGCACUGGGCUUGGCUCGCCCUUGACACCCAACCCUGCAACGUGCCCGGGCCAGGUUUGUCACGCAGAUGAACUCUACUGGGUUUUCGCCACUGCAGAGACGGAUAACCUCUACCAGCCGUUGACGCCAGCUCGGGUAGAGUUUACUCGCGAGAUCGUUAAUCGAUGGACGUCGUUGGCUUGGACGGGGACACCUAAUUACGCAGGAGCUACGGUGGAGUGGCCUCCUUAUGUUGGGUCCAAUGAAGUAGUGCUCAAUUAUACCGAAACGAUCGAGCCAUACCGAACUGCGCAGUGUGAAUUCAUUGCGAGUCAAUUAGGCUUAGUGUACGGGGAGAGUUAA